AUGGCUGGGUCAGAAACAGACGUGUGGCAUGUGACACACUACGCCCCCCACAUUCUGCCACCUACCGCCCAUGGCCGCCUUGCCCUUUUUGCUCUUGGACCCGUCAUGCAAUCCGCCGCCAUCAACUCGCUCAUUGCGACCUCUCUUUUUUGUUCCCAUCUUGGCCAUGGUAUCUCCAUCUUGAUCUCGCCUCGUAAACACCAAUCUUGCUGCCUCCAAACUUGCCAUGCUCAAUCCAAACCCAUCAUCACCUGUUCUCAACCCUUUGAUACACACAUACACACCAAAGCAUACGUAAUCAAGCGUGGCUUGCACACUCAGAAUCCCCAAGACUCUAACCCCAGAAUCCCCAUGGCCCAUCUUUUCCCUUUCUUACUAUCCCACUUCAAUAUAUUACCUUGA